CCGUUGUGCGGGAUGUGUCUGCGCUGUUUGCUCUCCAUGUGCUGCGGCUCCUUUCGGCAUGGUGCAUGCAGGCGCCGUUUAUCAACGUUGUGCUCGCGGCUGCGGACUGGUUUGCGAUCAAACCAACUUGAAAGAUCACGAAGGACGCUGCACUGGAGAAGAGAGGCUUAAAUCAGGCAAGACGCUCCGGGUGCGCAAGCAAUCUCCAGAGUUUGCUAAGGCCAGCACAGACUUCAAGAAAGAGAUGGCGGAAGACUUUGGACACGAGCCUUUCAUUAUCCAAUGCCGCAACUGCACCACCCGGUGCAAUUUCAAGAAGGCAGAGAAGGGUGCCUCUUACCAAGAGAUUCUGGCAAGAUUUCACGAACAUUUCACAG